AGUUGCAACAUCGUAUCAAAAAGACCGUGUCCUCACUGCAGUAAGCAUCGAGUGGAUAGUGUUCAAUCAUUUUUGGACUUAGUGUUUUUUCUUUACUUGGGAGAAAUAUCUUUGGAAUAUACAUGCAGUCUUCGAGCUCAACAGAGACAUGCGCUGCUAGUCUGGAAAAGACUGCUGGAUGUUGAGCUCUCUGUUUGCUGUAUGAGGGACAAAACCGCACAGAUGGAGUCGAGGGUUCCCCACCACAUCCCCGGAGUGUCUUCUUCCAUUAUAUCCCAGCCGUUGCUGGACAGUAGGGUUCCCUAUGGAAGGCUACAGCACCCGCUCACCAUCUUCCCAAUCGACCAGAUGAAGUCCUCUCAUGUGGAAAACGACUAUAUUGACAGUCCCGCUGUGGUCUCCCAGCAACCCCUCAACCAGAAGGCUGUCAACAGGGGGCCCCACGAGGCACUGCUAGGGGCUCCCCACCUCCCCCAACUGGCGCGCUGUAACCCUCACAAUGCCACCACACACCCCUGGAUAACCUUCAGCGGGCGGCCCAGCUCCAUCAGCAGCAGCAGCAGCACCUCGUCAGACCAGAGGCUGCUGGACCACGCAGCCCCCACCCCCGUGGUGGACCACAGCUCCACCGUAGUCACCACCAGGACCCCCUGCUGCGAGCCCAAGGCGCUCACCUCAAAGCCCCUGGAUCUAAAGACUGCUGCCCAGGGGGCCGCAACGGUUGACAAGAAGCACAUGCUGCUGUGUGAGAUUUGUGGGAAGUGCCGGUGCACGGAGUGCACCCUGCCCCGGACCCUGCCCUCGUGCUGGGUGUGUAACCAGGAGUGCCUGUGCUCAGUGCAGAGCCUGGUGGACUCAGCCACCUGCAUGUGCCUGGUCAAGGCCAUUUUCUACCACUGCACAGAGGACGAGGAUGAUGAGGGCUCCUGCGCCGACCGCCCAUGCUCCUGCCACCAGUCUAACUGCUGUGCGCGCUGGUCCUUCAUGGCAGCCAUGUCCCUGGUGCUGCCCUGUCUGGUGUGCUACCUGCCCACCAUGGGCUGUGUCAAACUGUCGCAGAAGUGCUACGACAAAACCAGCCGCCCGGGCUGCCGCUGCAAGAACUCCCAGCAGGCCUGUAAGAGCAUGGAGGCCAAGGCUGCAGGCCAGGAGAAACAGGCCUCAUGAUAGUCAUUGGCUGUUGCCUUAUCAAUACCCUCUGGAUAGGACAAUCCCCCCAACCCCUACCCGCUGGAUGACUUCCAAAAAACCAUGGUACUUACAAAAGGGUUUACACUUGUCCUUCUUGGUUCGAGUGAUGUUAUUCCACACAAGUCAGAAUAAGUCUGUCUGCUCAAUUGGUUGUCCUAGACAACUGCUUGCCUCAGAACCCAUCUUUAUAAGUAUAACAGACUGGCAGAUUUUGUUUCUAAAAUGGCUGAAGGCACAAUUCAUUAUCCCUCUAUACUGCUCUGCAUUUCCAGCUUCAUCAUAGCUAGCUACUCUAUGACACAUUGGACGCCAGUUGUUGUUCUCCUAAAAAAAAAAGAAAGAAAAAAGAAGCCUGCUCCAAAGCAGUUUCCCUCUGUUUAUGCAAACUGUUGAUUUCCUUUUGGGUAGUAAAGGAUACUUCAACUGAAACAGCCACCCACUCUCCCCCAUAUAUGAAAAGUUUCAGUCCCAUACAAGCCUUCUUGUGCUAGCUUGAUGUUGAGCUCGUUAUGUCAAGGUGGAAAAGUGAGAGGUAAAGUCGUGUGGCUUUGCCCAUCUGAUAUGUAAGGUCAUACCACAACUGAGAGAAAAAUAGUGUUUAGGAUUGCCUGACUUGAUCACUUUCCAUUUCCUUGAGGGGAUUUUUUAACCUAGCUUUUACCAAUCACUUCAGAAUAAUUGCACGUCAUGCCCUGCAUGAUGUGACGUAGUGGUUAACCCCAGUGCUCGACGUGGAUGUGUUGUAGAAAAACCUCCUCAGGGAUUGUUCCUCAUCAGUAGAAUUUUGGUCUAGCGCGUAAAAACUGCCAUUAGCCUAGUUGACUUCACUUUGCACAAGAGGCAAAGAACAGUUUAAAAAGGGCAAUUGUGAAUUAUUUAGGAAGAGUAAGUUAAGAGAGGAAAUGGAGGGAAAAUACACUCUUAGAAAAAAAGGUGCUAUCCAGAACCUAAAAGUUUUUUUCGGCUGUCCCCAAAGGAGAACCCUUUGAAGAACCCUUUUUGGUUCAAGGUAGAAACAUUUUGGGUUCCAUGUAGGACCCUUUCCACAGUGGGUUCUACAUGGAACCAAAGGGUUUUACGUGGAACCAAAAGGGUUCUCCCUGGAACCAAAAAUAGUUAUCUUAUGGGGAUAGCUGAAAAACCUUUUUGGAAUUUUUCUGGAGUGUAGCGUUUUCAGGAAGAGGUAAAGUGAAGCUGUAGCAUAUCUAGCCAGCCUUAGUUAAAUCAAACCUGCCACUUGAACAACCUUUUUAGAUGAAGCAAACCCCUUAUGAUGUACUGAAGCACAGUAUUAAGUAUCAAUGCUUAAUGUAUUUUACAUUACUCUGUGAACUACUUUUGAGUCCACAUUGUAUCAAAUCAAAUUUAUUGGUCGCAUACACAUAUCUAGCAGAUGUUAUUGCGGGUUUAGCAAAAUGCUUGUGUUCCUAGCUCCAACAGUGCAGUAAUAUCUAACAAUACACAACAAUACACACAAAUCUAAAAGUAAAAGAAUGGAAUGAAGAAAUUCUCAUAAUUUUUGCUGCAGUGUUGAGUUUGUCGUCUGUUAGAAAUAUUAUUUAUCUUUAUUUUCUCAAUCUAUUUUGUGGCUUGCCUGGAGUACCAAUGACUUUGCCAAAGGAGUUUAGUAUAGCUUGUUUAGCUGUCUUAGGGAUCAUAUUUGUUAUGCACUCGCCAAAUUGUCAGAGGCCAAUUGCUCUUAAAGGUGCGGUGUCCUUUUUAUAUGCCAAACUGAAGUACGCUUCAGUUUGGCAUAAAGGGAUACCGUCGUUCCAAAAUCUACUAAUUUCUGUCACGUUGGUUCUAAGGUCCCCCACUAACAUUAGGGCCUGUCUCUUUUACAUUUUUGUACUUGUCUUGUUGCACAAAGCAGAAAACAUACAGGAAAAAAAACACUGUUCUUAGUCUUGAAUGUAUAAGGCAAUAUUAUUUUCAAAUGUUUGCAAUUAAAUCCAAGGGAAGGUGCCAAAACGGGGAAUGAUGUUCUGACUGGCAUAGCCAGGGAAUAUUUGUUAAUGUGGUGACAAUAUGUUAUAGAAAUAGACCUAUGUUAUAGAAAUAGACCUAUGCAGGUGAUAUGAUGUUGUAAAUAGUUUUAAAUGUCCUUGAAAAACUGCAUGGUACAUUAUAACUACAAUACAAAAUAUAGAUAGAUAUAUAGAAAUAUAUUUUGAGGGUAAAGAUUUGAGGUUGAGGGGAAGAGGGAGGGGGGAAGACAGGUCUUACUAUCAUAAGCACUUGAUUUAGAAAAGUGUGCCCUGCAGUAAAAAUACCUCUGUUUAUGCUAUUCAUGCCUCGUUAGCAGGAUAGAGAUGAAGCUAAUUCCCAGUUCUUCAGUGCCCCUGCAACUGUGGAAUCAUUGAAUCCACUGAAGGAAUACAAUUUUGGCCUAUCCGGAUCAACCCAUUUCCCCCUGUUUGUACUUACACAGUGUCGCAACUUCUUUUUCCUCCCCAAGUUUUCCGACAAAUACCCUGGCCUUGAUUGACAAAUACCCUGGCCUUGAUUGACAAAUGCCCUGGCCUUGACUAACAAAUACAGCUGCUGUCCAUAAACUUGUCAAAACCACCAUGAGGAAAAGAGAACUCUAAAGCUACGUUCCAUUCCAUCUUGUUUAAUAGUGGAUCUCUUUUGUUUCUCUGCCUUUUUUUUCUCAGUCUCUCUCUCACACUGUGGCUUGGGUAAAAUCCUUAGCCCCAAACUACAUUAGCGUUAUGUGUUUGGUGGCCUGUUAAGGUAUUGAAUAAUCACCAACCAUGACAACUCAAUAAUGAAGCCUUUUAUUUUGUUAGAAUGCUGUGACUUAAACUCCAUUUUGUGGUACACUUGUGGCCACUAGAAUUAUCUUCAACUCAAUCAAAAUAACCUUCCAAACUGCUGGCUCCUGCUAUUCAAUGUCUUUGCCUUUGCAAUGUCAAUGUUGCGGAAAAAUUAGCUCUGUGCUUUUGUUUCGUUUAACUAUAAGAAAAAAUCUCACAUAUAAAAGUUUCCCUUUAUAGAUAUAUUUAUUUUGAAGUUCUAUUUUAUAUAGUAUUUAUUUAGAUGCCAACCUUUGUUUGUGAAGAAAGCUCAUGUCGAAAUGGAAUGUACAUUGACAUUGGAAAUAUAUAUUGUUAAAUAUAAA